AUGAGCAAUAUCUUUCUCACCGUCCUGUUUGCCGGAAGCAUUUUCCUGGCCCGCUGGAUCUGGUCUUCUAUCCAAGCGAGGAGACGGUGGCGUCAGUCGGGAAUUCCUCAGCCACUUGGCCACCCCAUCUUCGGUGCCAAAGGCCAGCUCGGCCCCAACCCCGGGCGGCGACUCGAAGAGCUGGGCCUAACGCAGGGAGAGCUCUUCCAUAUCCGGUUCGGCUUCGAGGACUUCGUGUACGUGAACAGCCGGGAGGCGGUGCGCGAGAUCUUCGAUCGACAGUCCGCCAAAACCUCGUCCAAGGGCCCGUGGCGCGGUGCCACGCCGAUUGUCUCGGGCGGGCGCAUCGCCAUCAUGCCCUACAACACGCACUGGCGGCGGCUGCGCACCAUCCUGCACCAGCUCUUGCACCCGAACGUAGCGCGGAGUUUCCGGCCCAGUCAGGAAUUCGAAGCCACACAGCUGGUAAGCGACCUGCUGCAGAGCGGAGGGGAGGAAGUCGUCUGCAAAGAGCAAGCCCAUCGAAUGUCCCUCUCAGUCAUUUUAACCUCGACGUAUGGUCGACGAGUGGCGUCAAUGGACGACCCGAUCUGCCACCGGGUCGAUAAGAUCAUGGAAGACUUCUCGCAAGCAACCGCGCCGGGGGCGUUCAUCACCGACCUCAUCCCGCAAUUGGACCGCUUGCCCACGUGGUUGCAGUGGUGGCGGGCCCGAGCCCUGAAGUUCCACGAACGCCAGCAUUCCCUCUGGAUGGGGCUGUGGCAGGAGCUGCGGCAGAAGGUCCUCGAGGGCAGCGCGCCAACAUGCUUCGCCAAGCACUUCAUGGAAACGGAGACUCGACGCUAUGAGAUUGACGAGAGCCAAGCUGCGUUUUUGGCGGGCACCCUGAUUGAGGCAGGUUCGGAUACCUCCGCCUCGGCCCUCAAUAUAGCCAUUCUGUACCUGGCCGCCAACCCGGCGGUUCUCCAGCAAGCGCACGCCGAAGUCUCGCGCGUGGUCGGGGGUGACACGCGGUCGCCCUCCUUCGACGACAUCGACCGACUGCCCUUCAUCCACGCCUGUAUCCAGGAGGUCUCGCGCAUCCGGCCCCUCACCCGGUUCGGCACCGCCCACUACACCACCGCCGAGGUGCAAUACAAGCAGGCGCGCAUCCCCGCGGGCUGCUUCGUGGUGAUCAACCAGCCGGCGAUCCACCACGAUCCCGCCUCCUACCCGGAGCCCCAUGAAUUCCAGCCCGCGCGCUACCUGAAAAGCUCCUCGUGGGCGCCUUCGUCGUCUUCUCCCUCUGCUCCGGACAUAGCGAAAGACAAAACCCACCUCAACUUCGGCGCAGGGCGGCGCAUCUGUCCCGGCCUCCAUGUGGCGGAGAACAGCCUAUUCGUCGUCCUGGCCAAGCUGGUGUGGCUCUUUGACAUCCUCCCCGCCCGCGACGAGGCCGGCCGCCAUCCCCUCCCCGUCGAUGUGUCUGAUGAUGGCUUUGAGGACGGGGCCAAUACCGUGCCUAAGCCCUUUCGGGUGCGCUUCGUGCCGCGCUCCGCCGCUCGGGCGGAGAGGAUGCGGCAGGAAUGGGAGGAGGCGAAAAGGGUCGGCUUCGUGAUUCGCGAUGUCAAGGUCGAUUUGGACGGGGUGGUGGUGGGUUGA